GUCGCGUUGGUCGGUCGGUGCUCGUCGCUGCCGGCGGCGGCACCGGCGGCCUUCCUGAUGUGCCCAGGAGCGCUCCGUCUCGGCAGCCGUGUCGACGGGUCGGCGCGGCAGUCGCUCGCCGGUCGCCGCCGCCCUCAGCACGCGCUCGUCCCGCCGCACAGUGCGCCAACAUGAAGCAGAUAUUCGCACUGUGCUCGUGCAUGGCCAUGGUGGUCGCCCUGGUUUCCACAUCAGAAACUUCUGAGGCAGAGUCCAAGGAGGAGCGACUGAUUGGCGCCAUCAUUACAUCCACGACCACACUCUCCCGACUGCGAACGACUACCGUGACGGCACCUCUGACCUGCCUGCUCGGCGUCCCGCCCGCUGCUACCGCGUGUACCGGCCGCAGGAGGAGGCGACACGCCACCGGCGCCACCAUGUACCCGCACGACAUGCCAGCCAGCAGCGCCAACCAGGCCGUCGACAAGCUGGACUCGUCGAUGGUUUCCAGCUCUGACGAGCGCAAGGGGAAGAUCCUGCUGUUCGCCACCCGGCUGGUCACCAGUCUGACCGACUUCACCACGACGUCCACCUCCACGGACAGCAGCACCACUGUGUCCGUCUCAGUGCUCUGCACCGUCGCCGGCAUCCCCAUUGCCGAGUCGUUCCGUAUAUGCGCCGCUUAGUGCCUGUCGGCCUGUCAGCGGCGCGCAGUCGCGCGGCAACGCACUGCAGCUGGGAGUGCCGUCCAGCCGCCGAGCUCAGUCGAAAUACUGGGGCCUGCCCUGCUGGUCUGCUGAUGUGGUACUGUGCUGGUCUACUGGUCUGGUCUGCAAGGUCUGCUCGAGUGGUCGGACCCUCAGUGUUUGAAGAAAAAUAACAUCAGCUUGUGAUGUGGGGAUUUGCAAUAAAAUCAGCCCAGCGCCCAGCUACAAUCGAAACGCAUGGCGAAACAUCAGCCUUAACAUCUAAGCUGUGAAUGUCAUGCUGUUGUUAUUUGUUGACUUGUUAAAUUAUGUGCCUGUUACGUCAAAUAUAGUAUUUGCAGCGCA